AUGGAGACAUGGUCCCGGCGCAGCGCUGCCUUCGACUGCGUGCCCCAGCCGGCAGCCUGCUGCCCUGACUGGAUGGCAGAGCUCCCCGACACCCUGCCCCUCUCCCACCUCUCCAUCCCUGGCACCCACGACUCCCUCAGCCUUUUUGGUGGCCGGCGCCUGCGGUGCCAGAGCUGGGGCCUGGAGGCCCAGCUGGCGGCCGGCAUCCGCUUCCUGGAUGUGCGCUGCAAGCUGUCGCGGGGUGAGCUCCGCAUCUACCACCUCUGCACCUUCCAGAGGGCCAGCCUGCGCGGCGUCCUGCGCCGCACCCUGCACUUCCUCCGCGCCCACCCCAGCGAGGCCGUGCUUAUGCGCAUCAAGGAGGAGCUGCCCAUCUUCUCCCGGCCUGGCUUCGCUGCCCAGCUGCACCGCUGCCUGCUGGAAGAGGGACAGGGCUGCGUGUGGUGCCGGGAGGAGGUGCCAACGCUGGGCCAGGUGCGCGGGAAGAUCGUGGUGCUGGAAGCGCUGGCGCGGGAGGUGUUGGGCAUCCCCUACGAGCAGCUGAGCAUCAGCGACGCCUGGAACGUGCUCUCACUGGAGCGCAAGUGGGCCCGGGUGUGGCGGCACUUGGAGAAGGCGGCUGGCGGAGACCCCACCACCAUGUACCUCACCUUCUGCUCAGGCAAUGGGCUCUUCACCUGCCCAGAGGAGGUGGCCCGCUUUGUGAACCCCCGCUGCUGCCAGCACCUGCAGCGCCGGGGCGGGCAGCCCAUGCGCUGGGGGGUGGUCAUCAUGGACUUCCCUGGCUCAGGCCUUCUCCGGCUCAUCGUGGAGAGCAACGGCCCAGCGGCCCCCGUCACCCCCGGGGCACCGUCCGGGCACCGCCGCGGCAGGCGGGACAGACGCCGCGGCCAACGCAGCUCGGCGCACUGGCCCUCGAGGAGGACACUGCUGCCGGCCCCGCGCCCUGCCGGAGGGCCUCAGUGCCCGGAAGGCAAAAGCAGGUUCCCAGGUCCUGCAGAGCAGCACCAAGCCUUCGUGUGA